AUGCAGAUUAUUGUCUUCUCGUUUCCAAAAGGUUGUACUUCUGUUGGGCCAGAAACGUUUCUUGUCCUGAUUUUCUGCCUUGAUUCCCUUCUCUUGUUUAGCACUCAUCAACUGCACCUUUCGCUUGCAACGCGAUCUACUAUCCUUGGCCUACUACCUACCUUUCUUUGCGUUGGUAACUGGCAGCCAAAAUUGAACCUACCAAGUGUCCAAACCAGUGGCAAAGCUACCCCCGAUUGUCGAUGCUAG